AUGCCUUCCCCUCCUCCUGACUGGGUCAAGGCCCUCAAGCCCUCGGGCCCGCAGGGCUCCGAACUGCUCGCUGCAGAGCGCGCGCAGUCUAACAUCAACAUCGACAAGCUGUCCGAAUUGCUACACACUAGGGAGGCUUUGGACCGACAGAAGAAGCUUCUUACCUUGCUCGAGCCUGAGAAGGUGUUCGACAAGUCUCAGAACCAUACUCUCGGUCGCGUCGAGCGCCUGCAACGGUCGCUUGCUAAGGCCAAACGUCUGCAACAGCUGGCCGAGCAGAACAAGUGGUCAAUGGAAGAGCUUCACGCUGCCAAUGAGCUAAUCGGAGAGCCUACUCCUUAUGGAUUGCACGCAAGCAUGUUCCUGGUGACUCUACGUGAACAGGGCUCCCCCGAACAACACAAGGUCUUCCUCGAACGCGCCGAGAAAUAUGAGAUUAUUGGCUGUUACGCCCAGACUGAAUUGGGCCAUGGCUCCAAUGUCCGUGGUCUUGAGACUACUGCCACCUGGAAUCAGGAAGACCAGACCUUCACCAUCAACUCCCCUACAUUGACUGCCUCCAAGUGGUGGAUUGGCUCUCUUGGUCGCACUGCCAAUCACGCCGUGGUGAUGGCUCAACUAUUCAUCGGCGGCAAGAACUUCGGUCCCCACCCCUUCGUCGUGCAGGUCCGCGACCUCGAGACUCACCAGCCCUUGGAGAAUGUCUAUGUCGGUGAUAUUGGUCCCAAGUUCGGCUACAACACCAUGGACAACGGCUUCCUGCUGUUCAACAAUGUCAAGAUUCCUCACAUUAAUAUGCUGGCCCGCUUCUCCCGUAUUGAAAAGGAGACUGGCAAGUACAUUCGCCCCGCGCUGCCGUCUUUGGUCUACGGCACCUUGACCUGGGUGCGCUCGAACAUCGUCCUGCAGUCCGGUGGUGUCCUAGCCCGCGGUGUUACCAUUGCUACUCGUUAUGCUGCUGUCCGCAGACAGUUCCAAGACCGCGACGCGGAGCCCAGCGCUGGUGAGAAUCAGGUCUUGAACUACAAGAUGGUGCAGGUCCGUCUUUUGCCCCUUUUGGCCUCCAUGUACGCCUUGCACUUUACUGGUCGCGGUAUGAUGCAGUUGUACCAGGAGAAUCAGGAUCGUAUGAAGGCGGCUGCUUCUCCUGGACAGAGCUCACGUGGCCCUGGCCCCGAGGAGCUCCGCGCCGGUGCCGACCUGCUAGCAGACUUGCACGCCACCUCUUGCGGUCUCAAAGCCCUUGCUAGUACCACUGCCGGCGAAGGUCUCGAGGUCUGCCGUCGCGCUUGCGGUGGCCACGGCUACAGCAGCUACAGUGGUAUUGGAUCCUACUACGCUGACUACCUGCCCACUCUCACCUGGGAGGGUGACAACUACAUGUUGACCCAGCAGGUCGCUCGCUACCUGCUCAAGUCCGCCCGCGCCGUGCUUUCUGGCAAGUCUGCGGACAACGACACCGCCCGUAUCCUCAAGUCCUACCUCGACCGCCGAGACAAGGGUGCUUCCUUCGAUGUGCUCGAGGAAGACAAAGAUAUUGUAGAUGCCUUCGCAUGGCGCACAGCCCACCUGACUUUCGAAGCGUUGAAGCACCGUGAUGCUGAGAAGCGCUCAUGGAACAGCCUGCUGGUCGACUUCUGGCGUCUUUCCACCGCCCACUCCCAGUAUAUGGUGGUCCGCAACUUCUACGAGGCCGUAUCCUCCCCCCAACUCUCCCAGGCCUUGGAUCCCGAGACCAAGACACUCAUGCAUGCCCUCUUCCGCCUCUACGCCCUGCACACCCUUGAACGCGAAGCUGCUGAAUUCUUCUCCUCCGGCGCCGUCACCGUGCGCCAGAUUACGCUCACUCGCACCACGGCCGUGAUGAAGCUCUUGGACGAGAUCCGUCCCCACGCCAUCAGCCUUGUGGACGCCUGGGCCAUUCCCGAUUGGCAGCUAGACAGCAGUCUUGGUCGAUCGGACGGCAAGGUCUAUGAGGACUUGUUCCGUCGCGCUAGCCAGGAAAACCCGGUCAACGACCUGGUGUUCGACCCCUAUCCUUGGAACGAGGCACUUCUUAAGAACCAGCCUCCCAAGAGCAAGCUGUAA